CUAUCUUAGGGGACCGCAUGAAACGGGUUGUAUUAAACGGAAGAGCUCGAAACUUUAUUGGGCGUUAGCAAGUGUGCGGUGUCUCUGUUUGCACUGAGGCCCACGCCAGAUUGGCAUGACCGGGGAGCCGUGUCUGUAGAGAAUUAUUCAAUAUUUAAACCCCCCAGGUUUUAAUAGACGCCUGUCUUUCACGAUACCUACCUAGCAAAAGGGAGGUUAUUUUCCUGAGCACGUCAAGUCUAUGACCAGCCUGCGGUGGCUGAAACUCAACAGGACUGGGCUCUGUUAUCUGCCAGAAGAGCUCGCCUCCCUCCAAAAACUGGAACAUUUAUCAGUAAGCCACAACAGCCUGACCACUCUACAUGGAGAGCUCUCCAGCCUUCCUUGUCUCAGGGCAAUUGUGGCCCGAGCAAACAACCUGAAGAACUCUGGAGUUCCUGAUGACAUUUUCCAACUGGAUGACCUCUCUGUGCUGGAUUUGAGCUACAACCAGCUGACUGAAAUCCCCAGAGACCUAGAGAAUUCCAAGACCAUGCUGGUACUAAACCUCAGUCACAAUGGCAUUGACAACAUCCCAAACCAGCUGUUCAUCAACCUGACUGACUUGCUGUAUCUGGACCUGAGUGACAACAAGCUGGAAAGCCUGCCUCCGCAGAUGAGACGCCUGGUCCACCUGCAGACGCUCGUACUAAACAACAACCCCCUAAUGCACGCCCAGCUCAGACAGUUGCCUGCUAUGGUUGCACUCCACACCCUCCACUUGAGGAACACGCAGCGCACCCAAAGUAAUCUGCCAACGAGCCUCGAGGGGCUGACCAACCUAGCAGAUGUUGACCUGUCCUGCAAUGAUCUGAGCAGAGUCCCUGAGUGUCUGUACACUCUGACCAGCCUGAAACGUCUGAAUUUGAGCAGCAACCACAUUUCCGACCUCUCUCUGUGCAUUGACCAGUGGACUCAAAUGGAAACCCUUAACUUGUCUCGGAACCAGCUCGCCUCUCUGCCUUCUGCUAUCUGUAAGCUAACUAAGUUGAAGAAGCUCUACAUGAACUCGAACAAGCUGGACUUUGAUGGGAUCCCAUCAGGGAUUGGCAAGUUGGUCAGCCUGGAGGAGUUCAUGGCGGCUAACAAUAACCUGGAGCUGGUUCCCGAGGGCCUGUGCAGGUGUGGCAAGCUAAAGAAAAUGGUUCUCAAUAAGAAUCGUCUCGUCACAAUGCCAGAGGCUGUUCAUUUUCUUCCAGAUCUUGAGGUCCUAGAUGUGCGAGAGAAUCCAAAUUUGGUGAUGCCUCCUAAACCAGUGGACAGGACAGCUGAAUGGUACAAUAUCGACUUCUCCCUUCAAAACCAGCUCCGAUUGGCUGGGGCGUCUCCUGCCACAGUGGAAGCAGCUGGAGGAGGGAGCGCCAGCAGAGACCCUCUGGCCAGAAAGCUGCGUCUGCGGAGAAGGAAGGACUCGAGCCAGGACGACCAAGCCAAGCAGGUCCUGAAAGGCAUGUCCGAUGUGGCACAUGAUAAGAACAAAGCGAUAGAGGAGAAUGGGGAUAUGAAAUACACAGACCUGAAGACGCGGCGCUGGGACAAGAGCCUGGAGAAACCUCAGCUGAAUUAUUCAGAGUUCUUCACGGAGGAUGUGGGCCAGAUCCCAGGACUCACUGUGUGGCAGAUUGAGAAUUUUGUUCCAAUGCAGGUGGAGGAAGCAUUCCUGGGGAAAUUCUAUGAAGCGGACUGUUACAUUGUACUGAAGACAUUCCUAGAUGAGAACAGUUCCUUGAACUGGCAGAUCUUUUACUGGAUCGGACAGGAGGCCACUAUGGAUAAGAAGGCUUGCUCAGCCAUCCACGCUGUCAAUCUGCGCAACUACCUGGGAGCGGAGUGCAGGACCAUCCGAGAGGAGAUGGGGGACGAGAGCGAGGAGUUCAGCGUGGUGUUUGACAACGAGAUUUCAUACAUCGAAGGAGGAACGGCUAGUGGUUUCUUUACAGUGGAAGACACACAAUACGUCACCAGGCUGUAUCGCAUUUAUGGCAAAAAGAACAUAAAACUGGAAUCUGUUCCCCUGAAAGCUGCUUCCCUGGACCCACGCUUUGUGUUUCUUCUGGACAAUGGCCUGGAGAUCUUCAUUUGGAGGGGAGCUCAGGCCACUCUGAGCGGAACCACAAAAGCCAGGCUGUUUGCUGAGAAGAUCAAUAAGAAUGAGCGGAAGGGGAAGUCUGAGAUCACGGUGCUGGUUCAGAACCAGGAGACCCCGGAGUUCUGGGAGCUCUUGGGAGGACAGCCGGAGGAAAUCAAGAAGCACGUACCUGAUGACUUCACACCCGUCCGACCUAAACUGUACAAGGUUGGUCUUGGCCUUGGCUACCUGGAGCUCCCUCAGAUUAACUACAAGCUGUCUGUGGAACACAAGAAGAGGCCAAAGAUUGACCUUCUACCAGAGAUGAGACUGCUGCAGACCCUUCUGGACACUAAGGUGGUGUAUAUUCUGGACUGCUGGUCGGACGUGUUCAUCUGGAUCGGACGCAAGUCCCCCAGGCUGGUCCGGGCAGCAGCUCUGAAGCUGGGGCAGGAGCUGUGCAGCAUGUUGCACCGGCCCAAGCACGCCAUGGUCACCCGCAACCUGGAGGGAACAGAGUUUCAGGUGUUUAAAUCCAAGUUUAAGAACUGGGAUGACGUGCUGAAUGUGGAUUACACCAGGAACGCAGAGAAGGUGCUGCAGAAGGAGGGGCUGUCAGGGAAGGUUAAGAAGGACACAGAGAAGAAAGACCAGAUGAAAGCAGACCUGACUGCAUUGUUCCUCCCUCGGCAGCCAGCCAUGCCUCUGACGGAGGCAGAGCCGCUGAUGGAAGAGUGGAAUGAGGACCUGGAUGGAAUGGAAGGCUUCGUUCUGGAAGGGAAGAAAUUUGCUCGCCUGCCCGAAGAAGAGUUUGGCCACUUCCACACUCAGGACUGUUACGUCUUCCUCUGCAGAUACUGGGUGCCGGUGGAGUAUGAGGAUGAUAAGGACAAGGAGAAGGCUGAGAAGAGGGGCGGGGAUGAUGAAGACAGGCAGCAGGAAGAGGAUUUCCAGUGUGUGGUGUACUUCUGGCAGGGCCGGGAGGCUUCCAACAUGGGCUGGCUCACCUUCACUUUCAGUCUGCAGAAGAAAUUUGAGAGCCUGUUUCCUGGCAAGCUGGAGGUUGUACGAAUGACCCAGCAGCAGGAAAACCUGAAGUUCCUGUCUCAUUUCAAGAGAAAGGUCAUCAUUCACAAAGGAAAGAGAAAGCAGAGGGAUGACAGCGUGCAGCCCAGCCUGUACCACAUCCGGACGAACGGAAGUGCGCUCUGCACCAGGUGUAUCCAGAUCAAUACGGAUUCCAGCUUCCUCAAUUCGGAGUACUGCUUCAUCCUAAAGGUGCCGUUUGAGAGUACAGACAACCAAGGUAUCGUGUACACCUGGGUGGGCCGGGCUGCGGAUCCAGACGAGGCUAAGCUUGCUGAAGACAUCAUGAACAGCAUGUUCGAUGAUACUUACAGCAAACAGGUGAUAAAUGAAGGAGAGGAGCCUGAGAAUUUCUUCUGGGUCGGCAUUGGAGCACAGAAACCUUACGAUGAGGAUGCGGACUUCAUGAAAUACGCAAGACUCUUCAGGUGUUCCAAUGAGAAGGGAUAUUUCUCUGUCUCUGAGAAGUGUUCUGAUUUCUGUCAAGAUGACCUCGCUGAUGAUGACAUCAUGCUUUUAGACAAUGGGAAAGAGGUUUACAUGUGGGUUGGAACUCAGACCAGUCAAGUGGAGAUUAAAUUGAGUUUGAAAGCUUGUCAGGUUUACAUACAGCACAUGCGAUCCAAGGACUCUGAGCACCCCAGGAAGCUGAGGCUGGUGCGCAAGGGGAACGAGCCUCACAAUUUCACCCGCUGCUUCCAUGCCUGGAGUGUCUUCAGGAAACCCCCUGCAUAAGCGCUUUAACAUUGUUUGGGGGGAUGCUCUGUGCUGGAGCGGUUCUCUCUAAUUUACCAGGUUUGAUUGGACAUUAUGAAGGCAGACUUAAUACAUUUCAAUACGUCUCAUCCGUGUAGCAGGGUGAAUCGGGUUGUUUGUUACAGCUUUUGGAUGUUUAUUGUUAAGCUGUAGUGCAGCAUUACAUAGCUACAAGAAUCUCAGAUAUCAACAAAUAAAAUACAAAUUAAAACCACAAAGUACAGUAGAUGGCCUUGCAACCCUGACAUGCUGGAAAUGAGGAUAAGGGUUCAUUUAAUUACACUGAAGAAUUCUAGCCAAUUUUGAAUACUUUGAAGCUAAACAAAAUAAAUUAAUCUAUACUUGAAGAACACAUUCAUAUUUUGCAUUCUUCUAACUUAGUACCUUCUCUCCUGUUCUGUUUUUAAAUGUAAAAUAUGUAAGUGGGGUAUUGUGUGCAGAGGAAACGAAAUAAUGCACCAAAAAAUUAAAAUGUUGUUUUUAAAGAAGCUGCAUUUUGUUCUGCUCAUCAUAUGUCCUUCAACAAUCAAACUGCAACAGCAAAAGCUUCACUUAGAGACCAAUAAUAAAAAGUUAGAUGUAAGCACAACAUGCUGUACAUAAACAGCUUAUUUAUUCAACAAUUGAUAUUCCAAGGCUUUUUUUUAUGUAUUGGUAUUGUUUUAUGUAUUGGUAUUGUUUUAGUUAAAUAUUUGAAGACUAACUAUGGAAUAGAAAAGUACUGCAUAACUAGAAGUGUUUCUAUCCCCCUUUUCAGUCCAGUAUUGGAUGAAUGUUUGUUUUAUGUGAAACUGUUCCUAAAACAUGUUUCUGUAUACUGUGCCAGCUUCCCAGAAUUGUGGUCAAGCUGUUUUCCUUUUGAUCACGCCGAUGCCAGCUUGACCACAUCAGCGUGCAGUUCAUCAAUGUUAAGUUACAAAAGUUCCUUUUUUUUUUUUUAAAGAUGGUUGAUUUUUAUUUGUUUUUUCUUUAAUACCAGUUGGCAAUGGUUAGCAGUAGACUUGACGGGGUAGCUGAUUCAGAAUAUACUUCUCACCACUAAAGGUCCUAUUGGGUUUUGUGUUGCUCUCUUACCUUUUUUAAAAAGUAGAACUACUGAAAAAGCUGGUAUUGAUUUCUUUUACUAUGCAGGGAUUGCUGUGGCCGCUGCAAAGUCAAAUAACAGACCAUGUCUUUAUAGAGCGUCGUCUUGAUAAUUCAGUAAAAGGCUCUUAACACCUUUUCUGUCUUCACAUUUCAUAGCAAUUGCAAUAAUUUAAAAGUACUCCUGUGCCUAAACACUUCCUUUCUAAACCAGGAGUAAUUAAUAGUGAUGCUUCAUAUAGUAAAUCAAAGUUAAUGGUCAAUUGCUUCAGCAGUUUCUAGAAUGACUUGUGGAUGGGUGUUUCCCUGUAUAGUUAAAUUAGGAAAGAGUCUAUCUGAACCUGGAACAAUGGCUGAGGUAUUGAUAUGUAUGAACUCUGCAGAUGGUAGAGUGGUAGGCUACUGUGUAUUAAAAUGAGCAAUGUAAUCCUGAGGUUAUACUACAUUAUUACUUUUUUAUAUUCCUGUUUUAACUGUUUUCCUUGCGAAGUGUUUUGUGCUGGUCAAGGUACCCUCUCACGUGUUGAAUGCUAUUCAAAAUGAAACUUGGAAUUUGUCCAAUGUUUGGGAAAUGUUUGUUUUCCUAUUGCUGCAUCAGCUUGUUGUUUGCACUUGCCUAUUCUGCAAUAUUACUGGGAGAUGAGGUGGAAAGUAUCGUACCUGUAUUUAUGCAUUUUGUAUUUCAAUAAAAUUGCACAUCACAUUUA